GAAACCCGCCGGCCCCGCCCUGCUGGCGGCGGAAGCGCGUCAGUUCGGGCGGGUCCGUGGCCGGCGCGGUUCGCGGCGAGGCGGAGGCAGCGCGGCUUCCCCAGGCCGAGUGGCGCCUUGCGGACGGGGACUAUGUGGGCGCUGGGGGCCUGGGUGCUGCUGGGCGCCGUGUGCGCGGGUUCUGCCCAGUUGCAGUUCAAUGCAAUCAAGUCUGUUGAAAAAACCAUUUGUAAUAAAACAGUCAUCCUACCUUGCAUAGUGACUAAUCUAGCACAGAAGAGUAUUAGAGCCAUGUUUGUUAAAUGGAAACUAGAAAAAAAUGAAUUUUUCAGUUUUGACGGAUCUACAGAAGAGACCCACAGAAACAAGAAUUUUUCAUCUGCUGUGUUAGAAUCUGUACAAAAUUUAAGUCUGGGCAGUGCCUCCUUGUCAAUUUCAAAAACGCAAGCAGUUCCAGGAAACUACAGUUGUGAAGUGACAGAAUCGAAUAGGGAAGGAGAAACUGUAAUUGAACUUAUAUACCGUGUAGAGCCGUGGUUCCCACAAGUAGAAUCUAUUUUCAUCAUACUCUUCCUGGUCUGCGCUAUUUUGUUUUAUUGGAUUCAGUUAGGCGUUACUGUAUCAAAGGGAACUACAUUUCAGGAGAACAUUGGCUUAAUUCUUGCAGGAAUCAUCAUCUCAGUUGUUGCUGUUGUUGGUUUUAUCCUUUUAGUUCUAGAUGGGUUUGAGCCAAAGAAUCAAGCUGGACUUGGCUUAAUUGUACUCCCUGCUGUGAUUUUAGUGCCACUUCAGUAUUUUCUGCUUAAGAUAGUUUUUAAGAAUAAUCUACUACUGUUUGAAAUUCUUGUGGUAGUUCUGGAAUCACUUGGUUAUUUGAUUGCUGUCAUCGGCUUUGCCCUGUGCAUCACAGCAUGCCCUCCGAAAAAUGGUGCUGUCGUGAUUGCUGGGUUAGCCAUUAUGGCUCUUAUGGCAGUUGUUGGCCUAAUUUAUAUGAUUGCUUUGGGUUCCUGCAAGAAAGAUCAACCUCCAAAGAAAGCUGUAGAAGAACCACUCAAUGUUGUAGGUUUCCUUUGUAACAAUCAGAGAUGCAAACUGGAACCUCUCUUAUCUCUUACCAAAAGGGCUAGAGGUAUUGAAUCAUGAACAAAAAAGAGCUCCCCUGACCCCCCACCAGUUGGGUAACUAACUGGUGAGAGUGAUAGAAUCUGCUACAGAGAUGGUGAAAAGAAAUACAUUUGUUUAUACACUGUGGCCUUUGAUGGUGCGCUAGUCAAAGAGAAGAAAAUCAGGAACUUAGCUGUUUUGCACGUUUGGAAAAAAAAAUGCUAAAAUGAUUUACAUGUAAUUUUAUAGUCACAGCUGCGGUAGUUCCAUUCAAGAGAGAGAGGUUUUUUCCUGGAGAAGGUUGUGAGUGAGAGCAUAAAAAAGCACUGUUUAUCGACCACACAAUUUCGUUAUAGUGUCACUAGUAGUGGUACCCUUUUCAAAAAACAUCAGUCAUCGCUUGGAAACUGGGCUAGGUCCGUGACCAAAUGAUACUAGCACUGUGCUACUGGAACAGGCCUUUGUGAUAACUUAAACAAAUUGGUAUUGCAUAAAACAUGCCACACUGUUCUCUCCUGACUCACCC